AUGACUCCAUCAAGUCGCGAGGCACAAAGCACAAAGCACAAAGCACCAUCCAUGAUCUCUCAACUGCUAGGAACAUUCUUGUCCCCAAUCCAUGACGAUGAUGCAAGAAGUGAUUCGAAUUCCACGACUUCAUUACAAAACACAGUCAAGUUCCUCCAGAUCACACACUUCAUUCCAUCAUCCGUUAUCCAUCAUCCAUCAUUCAUCAUCAUUCCUACCGCCGGCACCGGACCUUUUAGCUUUUACAAUCUCGACGUCUUCUUUCCUAAGAAUAACGUCGUUCGCGGAACACAACACAACACACCACGAAAUCCAAGACCGGGUAGGUAAUAGAUCACGAGAAUUCAAAUAUCCCCAAAUAUCCGAUCGUUUCCAAACAAACCUCAAUUACUGGUAGCAAGACAGACCAGCUGCUCUUCCAUCUUAUAUUUCGUCCCUCCACAAUCCUUAUCAUCCGAUAUCGAUAACCAUCACGCCAACCUAUCAAGGAUCCAUCAUGACCCCUCAGCCCCUCGACCCCAUUAUUUCGAGUCAGUAG